AUGCCCAAACUUCUUACGCGACCAGGGAGCCAUCCGCUACGCUCACUAUCGCGCACAGCGCAGUCGCACUGGAAGUUGAUCUUGGCUAUCGCUUCUUUGUUGCUCGUCGAAGCAUACGUCCACGUACACAAAUACGAUGUCCCCCGCCCCUCGCCGCCCCUCGAUGCGCCCUUCUACACAGGAUGUCAGGACCCCGUCCUAAACACGACUGCGCGCGAAUCCGCCGUGUUCAUGAUGCUCGCGCGCAACUCGGAAGUCAAGGGUGCAGUUUCAAGCGUGCGAAGCGUGCAGGAACAGUUCAACGACAACUUUGGUUAUCCCUGGGUUUUCCUAAACGAUGAGGAAUGGACCGAGGACUUCAAGCGGAAAGUGGGCAAGGCAGUAGGGGAAGGCGCAGACGUCAAGUUCGAAGUCAUACCCAAGGAGAUGUGGGGGUAUCCCGAAUGGAUCGACCAAGAUCGUGCGAAGAAGAGCAUGCAACAUAUGAAGAACCGGGGCAUACAAUACGGAGGACUAGAGAGCUACCACCACAUGUGCCGCUUUCAAUCUGGCUUCUUCUACGACCACCCCGCCCUCCUCCCCUACAAAUACUACUGGCGCGUCGAACCCAGCAUCUCCUUCACCUGCGCCAUAACCUACGACCCCUUUGUCGAAAUGGCCCGCCACAAGAAACGCUACGGCUACACAACCGCCCUCUGGGAGCGCGGCCAAACCGUCCCCUCGCUCUUCCGCAAACUCUCCCUCUUCAAGAAUGAAUACCGCAUCCCCACCUCCACGCUCUGGACUGCCAUGGUCGACGCAAGCUGGAUGCCGUGGCCCUUUCGUCGCAUGCUAGCUGCGCUGCGCAAUAGAGAUGAGCGGGGUGAUCUGUGGAAUAUGUGUCACUUUUGGUCCAACUUUGAGAUUGCGGAUAUGGAUUUCUUCCGUGGAGAUGCGUAUCGCGCCGUCUUUGACUAUCUAGACCGGGACGGCGGGUUUUACUAUGAGAGAUGGGGUGAUGCGCCUGUGCAUUCGCUGGCUGCAGCCAUGUUACUGCAGCCCCAGGAACUGCAUCAUUUUAGUGAUUGGGGAACAUGA